GCACAUACUUCACAGGACUUUUCAUUACAGAAUUGAAAAUAGAAGUUGCUGGAGUUUGGUUUUGUUUGUUGCUUUUUUUUUUUUUUUUUAAUAACACGGGGUUCAUGUAUGUUUAUAGCAGUUCAUAUGCAAACCACCUCUCAGUACAGUUAGCUUCCAAAAGGUAUGUAGCUUGCAGCAAUGAAAGACCUAGAUAAGAACUAUACUUAAAACUGAAAUAUGUGCUAGAAUACUUUGAGAACGCCGGCUUUUACUAAGUUACUUCUAUUAACUUAAGGAGUUUUCCAGAACAAAGGAUGUGUCAAGCUGAAUAGUUUGCAAAGGAGGUAGUUCAGAUCUUUUAUGCUACAAGUCAGUAAACUUUGCUUACGCAGCCAGCUCCAUUCAUUCUCUGAAGCCAGUCACUUCCCCUGUGGUGGCUGAUAAGAAUUCAGUGGCUUGAGAAGGUGGAGUGUCAGCAUCCUUAGUGCUAAACUCUUUCCCAGGCAUAUCAGUAGCUUCUGUCCAUCAUCCAUGCUGGAAGCUAUUUUGAAAAGGAGAAAUAGAAAUUGGGGAAGGGAAAUCAUGCAUCAUCAUUCUGACUGGAAUGUAUGGAAGACUUUAUGCUGUUUUCACCAUGUGGAUUCACUAGAGAAAUGACCACCUUCGAUCAGCCAAGUAAAAUCAAAAACUUGUUUAUUUGCUGCUCGUGCCCUGCACGGUUGCUGAGACUCUGGACUUGCAGGCGCCCAAGGACAAGGAGGAACCUGCUAGUGGGCACUGCAUGUGUGAUCUACUUGGGAUUCCUUGUCAGUCAAGUGGGUCACAUUUUACCCCAGCACAAAGGAAGACACCAAAAGAUCAGUUCCAGAAGUCUCCAAGAUGCAGCCCAAACUCCUUUUCUGGGCAUCCCACUGGAUGGCACCCUGUCACCGCCCAAUUUCCAGGAACCCCAGCUUGGUGGCAAUGGGACCUUGCUGCCACCCAAUGUAGUUUAUAUCACCUUGCGGUCCAAGCGCAGCAAGCCUGCCAACAUCAGAGGCACAGUGAAGCCAAAACGCAGGAAGAAACAUGCAACUCCUUUGUCCUAUGGGCAGCACUUUCCAAAAGCCACUUUUACUGGCCGGGAAGAGGCCUUUGCCCAACAGCCAGGGAAGGCCACGCAUGCUGCUGGCACAAUGGGAGCACCAAUAGCCCUGGAAGCAGGAAAGCACAAGGAUGAACACAGGCAUAAAGGAAUGGCAAUCAGGGAGAGGGGUCACCGGAGACCUGGAGGGAAUUCUGAAGCUAUAAAGGCACAACCCCAGCCUGAGGAAAGCAAUAUCAGGAUUUACAGUGAGAGCUCUCCCCCUUGGCUGAGCAAAGAUGAUAUCCUAAACAUGCGCAGGCUAGCAGAUUCUCGGAUAGGAAGCAUUCAAGGAGUAUCUUCUCACAAAGCAGUCCGGGUAGUAUUUGCAGGAGGUACCAGCACGACAGGAGCUGCUUGUAAUCAGGGACACUGUGGCAUCGUCAAAAGACCCCUCGACAUCAGCGAGGUGUUUGCCUUUCAUUUGGAUAGGAUCUUGGGGCUAAACAGGAGCUUACCUUCUGUAAGCAGGAGAUCAGAGUUCUUCCAAGAUGGUCAAGCCUGUCCUGUUAUUCUCUGGGAUUCAUCAUUGAGUCCAACAGAUAACAGUACCCAUUCUUCAGUGAGAUUAACCUGGGGGCAAUAUCAGCAGCUAUUGAAGCAGAAAUGCUGGCAGAAUGGUAAAGUUCCAAAAGCUGAGUGGGGCUGUACUGAAAUCCAUCAUCAUGAAUGGUCCAAGAUGGCACUCUUUGAUUUCCUUCUGCAGAUAUAUAGUCGACUAGACAGAAACUGCUGUGGAUUCAAACCUCUCAGGGAGGAUUCCUGCAUGCAGCAAGGACUGAAGCUGAAAUGUAGUGAUCAAGAUGCUGUCCACCUUACACACAUAGUUCAGAGACACCAUGACCAGAGGCACUUAGUCUUUAUAGACAAUAAGGGUUUCUUUGACAGAAACGAGGACAAUCUUGACUUCAAAAUACUGCAAGGAAUCAAUGAAUUCCCUGAAUCUGCAGUUUCAGUGCUGAGAAGCCAGCGUUUACGUGAGAAGCUGCUACAGUCUUUGUUCCUUGACAAAAUAUACUGGGAGAGCCAAGGAGGCAGAAAUGGGAUUGAAAAGCUUAUUGAUGUAAUAGAAAGAAGGUCCAAAAUUCUUCUUACUUAUAUAAAUGCACAUGGAGCCAAAGUAUUGCCGAUGAAUGAAUGAAGCAGUAUUGUUUCUGUCGGAGAGUCUUUAAAAAAAUUGCAUGAACCAAAACCUGACAGUAAAAUUAAUUUAAUUCGUAGGAUAAUUUAAUUUUUCUUCCCCAAAACUUUCAAGUUUAUUUUUAAGUAAGAAAUCUUACAUGGUUUAAAAGCAACAUUUAAAUGUCAGCUACAGCUCAUCUCAGUGCAGUCUCUUCUAUGUCACCAGUGAAAUGAAAUGAAAAAUAACCAACUGGUACAAUAAGUAAUGUAAUAAUAUGUAGGCACCAUGAACACUUCUUCUGUUAAACUGUUUGAAAAUUAGCAAAGGGAUUUUCAAUACAUUAAGCUGGAUCACUCUUACUUUCCUCAUUCAUGUCAAUGAAAGUUUAAUUGCAAAUUUGAAUGGGAGCAGAUAUUUUUAAGCACUUAAUACAUUGAUGAAAACUGUCAUCUCAUCUUGCUGAAACAUAUCUAGUACAGAAAUUUGUUUUGGGUUUUUUGAUUAUAAAUAUUAAAAUGCCAACUUUUCCAAAGGCUUAUUUUAUUUUAUUUUAUUUUGAUCUUUGAAAUCUGAGGACUGAAUCUGACUCUUUUAAAUGUAGGAGUGUUUGCACUGGACAUAAGGGAAAUUUAAAACAGUGAGAACAACAUGGCUUUAACAACAAUAAUUAAUUUGAGAAAACUUUUACCUGUUCCGUAUGGAGUACAAUUUGUCAUGAGUUGCUCGUUACAGUGUACUAUUUCCAGUACAGGUUGUUUGGAUGUACGGGUGAAGGUUCUGCCUGUUGAUUAACUGUCUAUUGGUUAACUCACAGAAUUGUCCUUUAUUACCAUUAGUUUUAAAAAAGGAAUUCACCUUUAGCCUUGUGUGAAUAUGGUGCUAAAUAAGUGUACAUUUUACAACAUUCUUGUCAAUAUUUUUUAUAGACUAUUAUCAAAAAGCAGACCUACUAAGGGUGUGAGUGUUGUUAAACUCAUCACAGAAAACAUUUGUGCUGCUUGCCCAUCUCUAGCUAGAAGUUCAGAAUCUGUUUUUCCAUUAAGAUUGACCACUGCAAGGGGAUGAUUCUAGCUGAUGAUUCACCCCAAGUACUGCUGCAGGUAAACUAGUUAGGGAAGGCUGGAUAAGCUCUUUGGAUUCUUAACCUUCAUCUACUCCAGAAAUAAAAUACAAACUGAUAUAGUCUAUCAUGACAUAUACCUUUUACCUGUCUAUUUAGAAAUACUCAUACUGUCUUUCUAGAGAAAUAUCUAUUAUCUUCUUGUCAUAAUGGCAGAAAUUGAAUACUUUCAUAGCUACUUUUUUCUUUAUACAUAGUAAAAAAAUAUAGGGUGUGUAAGAUUUUAAAAUACUUUUUAAGGUGCUUGUGUAAUGAUAUUAAUGAGAAACUAAAAUGCUUUGUGUCAAUGUUAAUGUGGAUGGGUGAGUUUAAUGUUUUAAGUAACUACAAUUCCACUGCAGCUGAAAUAGAUUUUCUUUCUUAGCAUCAGAAGAGCUAUUAACAAUAAUUGCAUUACUAGAAGAAAUAGAUCUCAGUAUAAGCAGAGUUAAAAUAUUUAGUAAAAUUUUAACAGCAUGGCCAUCUAAAUAGUCUUUUAUUUUAUUCUGUCAGCAAAGGCAGAUAAAUUUGUAAAAAAUUCCUAGAACUUAACUAUUGCCUUGAGAGGGCAUGUUUUAGAGUGCCUAGGACUUCUUAUUAGCACCAAGUAGAAUUUUAUAGGAUUUUCAUGUUAUCCCUUUCUUAAAAUAUUGUAAUUUAUUAGCCACACAAUUUCUAUCACAGAAAGAAUGUGACUAUAGCUUACACUGUGAACAGAGAUUAGAGAAAGAAAUAAUCAGCUGGAUCCAUUUCACAUGGAAUUGCUCUUGCAGUAAAUUUCACUUUUUGAUGAUCAUUAUGAUCAAUUUAUCUCAUUCUUUAUCUUACCAGUUUUCUUCCUGCUAGAUACCUGUUCAAAUGGAUUAUUAUAUGCUGCUGGGAGUAAAAGAAAGGCAUGACUCUCAGCUGCUUUGAACUUUGAUGAGGGCUAAGUGAGUAUACAAGAAUGCACCUGAUCGUGAAAAAAGUGCCAUGAGAGCUUUGCCUUCUAAAUUCUCCCUUUCUAUCUUUAGACUACACAUCUUGAUGCCAAGUCAUUGCCUCACACUGCCCAGUUAUAUUUUUUUCCCAAAUUGACUCAUUGCCCAAGAAGAGAAAGAAAUCAGGAAUUUUUAUCUUUUCAGGUUAGGUAAUUUAUUUUUAUGGUGAUAACUUGAUGCAUUCUUCUCCAUUUCUUCUGGACAUGGACUAUUGUUUCCUUGAGCAUGAUACAUCCUUUUUUAUUUGCCUGGCAGUUCAGUGCCAGCUCUUAAAGCAGCAAUGUAACUGCCAGCUAGUAAGUAAUUGCCCUGAAGCUGACCUGGAACAAUGUCUCCCGGUAGUCCUGAGUUUAAGAGGUUCAAAUAGCCAUGAUGCUGUGCAGUACUUGAAAAUUUGCCCAAGCAUGAAAAGCGUAACUGUAAAGAGAAGAUAUUCUGGAGACAAAUCCUGCAAAUGAAUGUCUUUAGGGAAUGAAUGGUAAUUUUUACUAGACAUUUUUUUGUGUCAGAGGCAUAUAGAUCAAGUUCUCGUUAAAGCUAAUUUACAGGGCAAAACAAUAUCUAGACACAUAAAAAGUACAAGGAGAAGGGUAGGUGAAUUUCCCUCUGCUGCCCAAUAUGGAUCAGAAAGGCACAUAAAGGCACCGUCUUCUCAGAGCUGCUGCAGGCACCAGUGAGUCCAGAGCGAAUGGCCAAGGCAGACUGUGAUGCAUGCAUGACACUUUCCAAGGGUGAAGGAAUACUUUCCCUGAAUGUCUGAAUUUGGGUCUAGGGCAAAGAGUUCUGUAUCCUUCUUUCACCUUACAAUGGCAUCUUAGUGUUGCCCUGUGUGCAGCUGGAGGCUCUGCUUUCUGUGCGGUAUUUCUUAUGCAUACAAACACUCUUUUAGUCUUCAGGAAAGUCAAGAGAGGCUUUGUGAGAUUGGGCAGUGGAACUGGACUGUAAAUUGCUUCUAAUUCUCUAGCAUUGAUAACAAACUCCACAAAGUGCCUUUUCUCCAUAGUGUUUAUCCCGUUGCCAUGGAGCUUGGUACUUGAAUCCAGUAUUCUUAAUAACACAAAGUGUGAUUGCGAUAGUGGUUAUGAGUUCAUACUAGCCAAGUUCUGUGUUUUUUUACAAAAAUGAAGAAUUUUGUAAAUUUUUAGAACAUUUGUAUAAAUGUGCCAAUGUGAAAAAAAUACAACAGAAACACUUUGCAGAGCUUGUCUAUUUGCUGCUACUACAUUAAAGAUAUCUGCUCUCCCUUUGGUAACAGGAGUAAAGUUCAUUCAGUCCACUUCCUUUUAAAACAGUGUGACGUUGGACUGACAUUCCUGCACUGUAGCCUAACUAAUAUUAACCAACAGGAAAAAAACCAAAGAAGCCUUACUCUACCUAUAGUGGUGACUGACAGAAAGCCAAGAAACUGUGUUUUAGCCAUCUUUGCUGGGCUGUCUUCCAUUUAUGGGCAUAAGGGAUCAGACAAAUAUUCAUGUUGCACAUUACUCAGAAGGGUGUAACCAACGGCAACAGUCCAAAACCUGUGGGUAGGAAAAGACAGUUAUGUCAUUCUUGAGUCUGCCUGAAAGCCAGAACCACAUGAAAUGGAAUUACUAAGAAAGUCAAGAGAGUUUGCUGAUUUCAUAACAGUGGAAGACAGAGCUUAAAAUAAGUAGCCCAGACACAGAUGCUUUAAAAUUCCUCAGGAGCCUGCCAGCAACUUAAUAAUCUUAAAUGUUUCAGAAGGUGAGGACAUGAAAACUUUUGUGGAGCACUGUGAGAGCAGUUUCCUUCUUUUUUGGUGUGUAUUCUAUAAUGCACUAUGUUAGAAAAGAUAAAUUCCAUGGUUUCAAAUGAGCAAAUACAGAUUUAGGGUACAUUAAGGGACAAGAUUCCAGUAGCAAUUCUGGGAACACUUUAAUGCAAGUGCGUGUGUGUGAACACAAACAUACAUGUAUGUGUAUAUAUACCUUGGCUUGUUUCUAUAAAAUGGUCAGUUUGCCUAAUAAAAAGUUGUUCAUACAA